AUCCAAUCAUAAAUGUCAUAGUCUUUGUCGAUGCGCGAAUAUAUCGAUUUAAAAAGGGUGCUUCGUUUAUUUCACAUCUUAUAUAAGAUUUCUGUGUAAGCGUGAAGUUACCUGAGAAUGGCUAGUCAAUCAAGAAAAGAGGAUUCCGAUAAUAAUAAUCAACUAGUCGAGAUCACGAAAUCUAUGAACGAACUAACCAACGAAUUGGGCAACAUUUUGAUAGACGACUUAAGACUUGAUGGCGAUUUUGACUGUGCAUCGGCAGAUUAUUCUAGUCAUGGAAUGACUCGUGAAUUCCUGUUGGUGCUUGACAAGAAGUUCAUGCCUAAAUUCAAUGAAGGGGAUCUAAAAUAUACUAAGAAGUCAUGGAUACAGUUCGCUGCAACAGCCGCUGCUUAUAUGUACAAGUCUGUUGGCCAGUGUGUAUCGAAACCGUUGCGUGUAUGGCUAAGCAAUGCAGUGAGCUCUGCGAUCCUCCACGGACUUCUAGGAGAGUUGGCCACCUCAGCAACAGCAGGUACAGAUGAAGGCACACGUUCUUCUGGAGAAGCAGCAACUGAAAAUAUAUCACUCCCGGAUAUAUGUUUUGACGACCGUCAAGAUGGUUAUUGGUGUUAUGACAGUUGGACGGUAGACAAUGUAGCAACUAGUUCAGAGAUGAGAGAUGUGUUGAAAGCUGAGAUGGCGGAUGCAUGCAUCUCAGUGAUGAUCGCCGCUGUUGUCAACUACUUUCAGGAGGGUAGUUACACACCGAGUAUAUUGAUGAAGGAUAACUAUGCGUGGGGAGUACUUCGAAGUGGUGUAAUGGAAAAAUAUGGUCUGACAGAUGAAUCUGACAAGAAGAAGGCGAUGCUUAUCACUGGUCAUUGGGUUUCGAAAUUGGUUGUUUUCCAUAUGGCCACGAAACACCGACAACUUCAACAUCCAAUCCGACCUGUGAAGUUAAUUGGCUACGAGCAGUCUCUCGAAAAACUGGAUAUCAGUAAAUAUAUCUUUGAUGUAACGGUUGGUUUCACAAACACACGUAUCGCCUACAUGAUCGCCAGUCGGAUGGUUCGAUCCGUGUGCAUUCCCUUCUUUCAAGAUUUCUCUGAACUGAUUGAAUUACAAAAGCUUUACUGUCAAAUAACCAGUGAUCCAUUCCACUACCACAUAGAUGCUGAGUAUCUGACUAAUUCACCGAGGACGAAAGCUAAAGACACAUCGAAAAACCUGUUCGGUCGACUCAUCACAUAUCUUAACAUCUUUGAGCCGGGAAGUGAGCUACUGCUUUAUCCCCAGUUGUGUAUAAAUGGGAAAACCCGUGAGAAAUACUACUUUGAUUACAAUGAUCAAUGGGAGAAUAUUCUGCGUGUGAUAUACAAUGAGAUAUAUAUGCCGAGUGGAAAUCAUUUAGAGGAUGUUCUGAAAGAUGUCUGCAAGAUUUCGGUUAAAUUUCCACUGGAGGAUAAUAUGCUGAAAAAAUGUUGGGAGAAAUAUGCUGUUGAUGAAAAGAUUCAACAAUCGAUUCUCCGUUAUUAUCAACCAAGAUCCUCAAGUUUGCCUAAAUGAAUCGGAGUUCCAACGUGGAUGACGAUACUCAUACAUGUUUGUAGUAAUAACAUAUAAAGUAAAUAUUUAUCCUGUC